AUGGCGGCCCAGUGGGCUCGCCAGACGGUGCAGAAGCUGCAGGCGCGCCUGGCCACCCACGCCCACGACCCUCGCGAGCUCCGCCAGUGCUUGGAGAGGCUCUCCGUCUUGCCCAUGACAGGGGACAUCCUGGCCGACACCGGCGUCCGAAAGACGGUGAGGGGCUUGCGCAAACACCAGCUCGUGGGCAGCUUGGCCAAGGAGCUGGCCGCCCGUUGGAAGAUCCUGGCUCUGCUGGAUCGCGAGGCGCGGCCUGAGCACCGGGUCGCUCCUGGCGAGCGCCCCGCAGAUGCUCUUCCUGGGCGGCGGCAGCACGGGGAAACGGACGCGCAGCGGGAGCUCGGGCCCCCUGGCAAGCGAGCUCCCAGUCCCGAGGGCGCGACAGAGCACGGGAGGAAGCGCCCCAGAGAGGCACCAGCUCCUUCCUCAGACUUCCUCAGGCUUCAGGCCCCUCGGGGGGGCUCCGCGGGGCCCCCUCAGGUGGCCCGGCACCCGUCCACAUCCCCGCGGGAGCCCGGACCCGCUGCUCCAGCGGACAUCUCUGCAGUAGGCGGAACCCAGGCCUCCCACGAAGGGCCCGGGCUCCGGCCACGCCCAAGCACCGAGAAAGAAUUCCAGGAGCCCGCCUCGUCUUUUCAGGCCUGCCUACACUAUGAGGAGCCCCCGAAGAAAAAGAAGGCGCCUGGCAAAACUUCUGCCACUUCUACACUGGCAGAGACACAGCCGACAAGAGGUGCCUCCCAAAGCGGCCCCCGAGACUCCGACUUGCUGGGGAAAUUACCUAAGGUGAAGGGACACGAGGAGCCCCAGAAGCCGCAGCCGGCCGAAGCCGAUGCGGCCAAGCUGGAGAAGGUGUCCAGCGCGGCCGCGGCGAUGCCGCCGCCGGCACUCCCCUUCCCCGGGGCGCAGGCCAGCUGCAGUCCCCUUCCCGCCCUCCACGCCAGCUCCCCCUUCCACGCACUGGGAGCGGCAGCGCCGUCUUGGCUCCACGAAGGGGAAGAGGAAGACCAAGACGGAGAGGAAGAUCGAGCGGCAGAGGCAGAGGAAGGACCCGAGCAAGGGGCCGCAUUUACUGGGGGCAGAGUGUAUUCCAAGAUGCCCGUGUAUUCUGGCUCCAAGCGGGGCUCCUUCCGCCGCCGCCGCUGCCGCCGCCGCAGCCAGCAGGACAUGCGGGAAGAGACAGGGCUCCUGGAAUGCUCCUCGGAAGGAGCGGGAACCCCCGACUGCCUUCCCGAGCCCGCCUGGGAGACCUGUAGUCCUGCUCAGCUCUGGCGCACGCAGAAAUCUCGCCACGUUCCGGUGGAACAGACAGACCGCUUGUGGAGAAGGCGUUGCAGCAAAGACUUUAAGGGGGAAACGCCGCGGGAGCGAGAGUCCUGGCGCGAGAUGUACCUGCGGCUUCGCGAGGCCCGAGAGCGGCGACUCCAGGCAGUGGCCGCCAGGAUCCAAUCUGCACAGGCCAAGAAGGCCCACGGCCGACAGACACAGAUGAUCCUCUUCAAUCCUCUGGCCCAGCCACCUGACCAGAUUGCCGGGUGGCAGCAGAAGUCGCCAGGGGCAACAGCCCCAUCCCGCACAGGCAGCAGCUUCAGCGGUGCCAGCAGCGCCAGCGGGAAUCCAGGUGCUCAGAGACCAGCCUGUGCCUCUGGGAGCGCCGCAAGGGCUCCCGCUCCCGCUCCCUCCGUGCUGGCGGCCAACACCAGGAAAGCUACAGCCAAGAAAGCUGCCCCGCUCAUGGCCAAGACGCUUAGAGAUUACAAGCACUGCAAGAGCAGAUCCUACCGGCCAUGA